AUAGCAGCAGCAGCACACUGGCCGGAGGUGUGUCUCUAAUCAUGUGACGAUUUAAGGGGCGUGCCCCCAAUUCCUGCUGCGCGCCGCGUGGAGUGGAGAAUGGAGUUGUCUGAGGAGGACUGGAGUAAACUGUCUCCAGAGGAGCUGAUGGACAGGAAGGACGCCAUCGAGACGGAGAUGCAGGCCUGCAACACUGUCCUGGAGAACCAGGGAGGAGUGGGAAUGAACGGGAGACUGGUGGACGAUGAGGGGUUCCCACGUCCAGAUAUCGACGUAUAUGCCGUCAGAAGAGCCAGGAACAGGAUCAUCUGUCUGAGGAAUGACCACAAGGCAGUGAUGAAACUAAUCGAAGAGAAACUCCACCAGAUCCACGCCGAGACCCGGCUCCGUCGGGGGGCGGAGUCAGAGGGUGUGGCCAGAGGAGAAGAGAGGAGGAUACUUCCGACGGCGUUUGCCCGAGUGAGUCAGGUGACAGACGGCUCACCUGCUGCGUCUGCCGGGGUGAAGGCAGACGACAAGAUUGCAGAGUUUGGCUCCGUGACAGCUGCAAACUUCACUGGCCUCAAGAAUGUCGCUGACGUUGUCCAACACAGCGUUGGGAGUCCGGUACACGUGCUGCUGGUAAGGAGAGGAGAGUCAGUGUCUCUGUCACUCACUCCUCGCCGCUGGCACGGACAAGGACUCCUCGGGUGUGUCAUUGUACCUUCAUAACCUCAUCUCAACAAAAACCUUUCAUCACAUCAUUGAAACAACUUUGUAUUAUGUGUGAACAUCAUAACAUGGUUCAAAUGACCUCCAUAUUAUGUAUAUAAUAUCGCGGUGUCAUUGUCCAUGGGUAGCAGUCCAGAUAGUGCAGCCAGCAGACUUGGUGGCGGAGAAGGUCAGCGAACUCUGAAGAGAACCUUUCGCUGCAUGCGGUGCUGCAGCUCCCCUCUCCUCAACAUGAUGUGGAUGAUAGUCAGUAUCGCCUGCUCCGAAUAGUUCUGUUUGAGGAAGUCUUGAACGAUCCUCUGCUCAGAGACGUGGGAGCCAAUGGGGAAUCUGUUCUUCAGCUGUCUCUCCACCUUCCUCACCUCCUCCUGAUCUCCUUCCGACGCAAACCCCUCUGCCCCUGUCGUACAGAGAUAGUCAUGUAAGUAGACACAAGGACAAGAGGGAUGAACAUUAUAUGAGCAUGCUUUACAUUUAUGUAAGCAUGCUAACAUUCCUCGACCAAAUGAAAAUAUUUUU